GUUGCUAUCAUCACGUGGGGUGGCGAUACGAGAUAUUGAUACGAUAACACGGACCCCUUGCAAGACUCACGAUCUCGAGUCACGACUGCUUGUAUUCUCGAGCUGCGGCAAGAAGCUUGUGAAGGCCAUCGUGCACAAUGGGGGCAGACCGUUCGACACCACCUCCACAGACCGGUGGAUCAAAGUCCGGCGAGCUCCCGCGGGCACCACUUACACCUGAGCAGUUGCGGAAAAUUGAUGUCAACCGCAUGAAAGCAAAGGCGAUACGGGAGCAACGCGAGGCGGAGGCCCGAGCAUCAGCCAGUAUUCCUGGUGUGGCGCAAUCUACGAACGGAGUUAAACGAUCCUAUUCCUCCAUGACAGCUGAGAUGCCUGCUACGGUUCGAGAUGCGACAUCCGCUGCUCGCCCACUUGAUUCGAUCAAGCCUGCGCGGAACUUCUCGAAAUACGUUGAAUAUGACUUCAGUAAGAUGACGGAUACGAAGGGAGGUUUUCUGACGGAGGAGGAUGAUCCUUUUAAUAAGGCGCUGCAUGUGAAAGAGGGGAAGGAAGAGCAGAAGCCGGCAAACAUGACGCAGAAGGAGUGGGAAAGAAAACAGUUACUGGAUUCUCUUCGUCGGAAUCGGACCGGCCCCUUCGAACCAGCCCUCAGUGUGUUGGAUGAUAAAAGCAAGCAGAAGAAGUGUCGUGAAUGUGGUAGCCUGGAGAUUGAUUGGAAGUGGGAGCAGGAUCUUCGGUGUUGUGUAUGCCAUGCCUGCAAGGAAAAGCACCCCGAAAAAUACAGUCUUCUUACGAAGACGGAAGCGAAGGAGGAUUAUCUUUUGACAGAUCCCGAACUGAAAGACGAAGAUCUUCUGCCGCAUCUUGAACGGCCUAACCCUCAUAAGUCAACGUGGAACAACAUGAUGCUUUACCUACGCUAUCAGGUCGAGGAAUACGCCUUUUCCGCGAAGAAGUGGGGCUCUGCUGAAGCGCUCGAUGCCGAAUUCGAGCGACGGGAAAAUGAGAAAAAGCGACGGCGGGAGGCCAAAUUCAAGACAAAGCUACAGGACUUGAAGAAGCGCACGCGCGUUGAUGCAUAUCGCCGUAGCCGUCAAGGAGCAACUGGUGGGAACUUUGGUGAUGAUCUGGGCAAUGGUGGGAGACAUGUGCAUCAAUGGGGUCGGUCCAUUGAGAAUCCCGAGACUGGGAUCGGAGUCAAGAAGUGUGUAGAUUGUGGGAUGGAGGUUGAAGAGUUGGAGUUCUAGCGGAAGCGCAUCGUCUAGUAUAGUGUGUAGUGUAUAGUAUAACGAGUCACGAACCUCAUAAAUAUCCUCAGUGGGUACCUUGAAUUAUUAAAAAUAGGGACACGUUAUGUUUUGCGAUAGUUUAGUUGAACAGGUCAAAAAGCAACGGUGCUAAGGGUCAGUUGGGAAACGAUGAUUGGCGGCCUGAGGUCCAGUUCUAGCUGUCCUUCCUGAUGUCAGUCCACCUCCCCUGAGGGAAAGGAUCAAGAGGCGUCA